AUGGAAGAGAGGAAAACACGGCGGCCGGAGCAGAGGGUUGAUGACGAGGUCUUUUCCAUUAACUCAGGGCUUUUGGGAGUGAUGCUGGUCGUAUGUAUUGUGUCUUCACAGGCGGCGGGUCUUUCUCCCGGUGAAACACAGGCUCCGAGUCUCCUGUUGGCUCCUGGAGUGAGAUGGGGCCAGACCCCCAUCAACCAGUCCACCCCGUGGGAGACAGACGAGCCUCCCACCAAGCAGCACAGAGAGAGCGAUGCCACAGGGCCCCCAUGGGUGCCUCCAGUGGUGGCGGUCAGUCAGCCCAGCCUACUGGCCCAUUCGUAUGGGAUGCCUCAGCCACCUGCCUACAGCCAAGGAGUGUCCGUCCAGUCUCCCAUCAUCGGAGUGACCCCAGCCAUCCAGACCCCCAUCCCACCGCACCAUCCGCUCAUGACCGCCCACUUCCAGCUUCCUCCCCUUUCCUCCCAACCUCCUGGCAGCCUGGUCCUCAACCUACAGAACCAGUCGCACUAUGCCACCAGCCAGCCGCCAAUCACCCCCGGCCAGGUAGUUCACCCCACCCCUCAGAGCGUGGUGGGAAACGGUCACAUGACACAUGUGCUCAUACAGCCUCCCGCUUUGCCUUCCGCCGCACUGCCGCUAAUGAACGGCCAGGCGACGACUCAGCCGGCCUCGACCAAUCAGGAAAGCCCAAACGGGCUUCAGAUGCUCCGUACGGUCGGAAUGGGGAAGUACGAGUUCACGGACCAGAGUCAUCCGAAAGAGAUGUUGAAGGAGCUGAACCAGCAGCGCAGAGAGAAAGAGUUUACAGACCUGAAAAUUAUAGUUGAAGGCAAAGAGUUUGAAGUCCACCAAAAUGUUCUAGCUUCCUGCAGCUUGUAUUUCAAGGACCUGGUGAAAAGGUCAUCGAGAGAGACGGGCUGUGGAGAGAAGCUGGAGCUGAAGAUGACUAACAUCGGUGCAGAUGUGCUGGAGCUGCUGCUGGAGUUCGUCUACACCGGCUCGCUGGUCAUCCACUCGGCCAACGCCAAAACCCUGCUGGAGGCCGCCAACAAGUUUCAGUUCAACACCUUCUGCAAAGUCUGCGUGUCUUUCUUAGAAAAGCAGCUGACUGCAGCAAACUGCCUGGGGGUUCUGGCCAUGGCCGAGGCCAUGUGCUGCACGGAGCUCCACAACAUGGCCAAGGCCUUCGCCCUGCAGAACUUCCCCGAUGUGGCAGGACAAGACGAGAUCCUCAGCAUCUCCAAAGAAGACCUCAUUAACUACCUGUCCAAUGACAGCCUGAACACCAAGGCCGAGGAGCUGGUUUAUGAGACCGUCAUCAAAUGGAUCAAGAAGGACCCAGUCGGUAGAGUACAGCACAUAUCCGAGUUGCUGGCCGUCGUCAGACUUCCAUUCAUUCACCCCAGUUACCUGCUGAACGUUGUGGACAAUGAGGAGCUGAUUAAAUCGUCGGAGGCUUGCCGAGAUCUGGUCAACGAGGCCAAGCGCUACCACAUGCUGCCUCACGCGCGGCAGGAGAUGCCGACACCCAGGACGCGGCCGAGACUCUCUGCAGGUGUAGCAGAGGUGAUCGUGUUGGUGGGAGGACGGCAGGCGAUCGGUAUGAACCAGCGCUCUCUGACGGCCGUCACCUGCUUCAAUCCUCAGAACAGCAAAUGGUAUCCUCUAGCCAGCCUCCCGUUCUACGACCGGGAAUUCUUCAGCGUCAUCUCCGCCGGGGACAAUAUUUACCUGUCAGGUGGUACGGAGUCAGGGGUGACAGUGGCAGAUGUGUGGUGCUACAUGUCUCUUCUGGACAACUGGAACCUGGUGUCCCGGAUGACCGUCUCUCGCUGCAGGCACAACAGCUUGGUGUACGAUGGGAAACUCUACACUAUCGGAGGACUCGGGGUGGCUGGAAACCUGGAGCAUGUGGAAAGGUACGACACCAUCACCAAUCAAUGGGAGACGGUGACUCCUCUGCCCAAACCGGUUCACUCGGCGGCUGCCACUGUGUGCGGAGGAAAGAUCUACGUGUUCGGCGGUGUGAACGAAGCUGGACGCUCUGCUGGGGUUUUACAGUCUUACGUCCCUCAGACCAACACCUGGAGCUUUAUAGAGUCCCCCAUGAUCGGUAGGUACUUCGUUUCAACACCAGUUUGUUAAUGGAAAAUAAAAAAUGUUCAUUUGUGCAUGUAAAUCUUUGCGCAAAGACGAUUUAAAAACAUGUAUUUGUCAGCAUGGCACCAGGAGGUGUUUGAGUGUUUGUGGUCGGCCGUGGUGAAAGGCUUUUAUGGGGCUGUUUGCUUUGCUCAGGGGCUCAAUCGUAGCAGAAGAACAGCAGGACUGAUACGGCAGAUUGGGACUCACCAUCUUUACUUGCAGUAGGAGGUUUUCAGGCUUCAAUUAGCUCAGUGAUUGCUGUGCUAUGGCAUCAUAAAAGCCAUUUCAUAAACUAAAUUAACUUGGUAAUUAAAUUAAGUUGCAUUCAGUACAUAAAACUAGAUAAACAUGAAAAAUAAUCAUGCAAGUCCACAUGAUCAUCUUUACUUGUUGUAAUAAUUGUUCAAACACUUGAGUAUAUUUCCAUGUUUCCCUUUGUACAGAAC